CCCGUGUCAGUGCGGCCUGGCAAGGCGCAGAGAGAGCAGGGACUCUUGCAGUGCUCGCUGUUAAUGCACAUGAUGUCCAGUAGGAAGCGGAAGGCCUCCAGCUCGGAGGAGCCAGUGUGUGCGCUGUGUGGCCGGGCAGAUGUCGAUCCGAACGUCUGCGGACACACAUUUUUUGCGAGUGGGAUUCACGUCCAUGAGUUCUGCUUGAUGUUUGCCAACACCAUUUCCGAAGCACGACCAGCAUGGGUGGGACCUGAGGGCCUCCCCGUUGCUGUCGUCAGACGCGCAGUCAGGCAGGCAAACCAGAAGCAAUGCUUUGUCUGUGGCGAGAGGGGGGCUGCCAUCACGUGUGCAGAGAGUGGCUGCGAACGCAGCUUCCAUCUGCCCUGCGCCAUGGAUGGGGAAUGCGUCACCCAUUUCUUUGGGCCACGCAGCUCCUACUGCUGGGAGCACCGCCCUUCACAGGAAAGUCGGGAAGCUCCAGCUGAAGGCACCAACUGCCUCAUCUGCCUUGAGCCCAUGGGGGACAGCUUGUCCUACCACACCAUGGUGUGCCCAGCGUGUGCGCACUGCUGGUUCCACCGGGGCUGCAUCCAGCAACAGGCCUUGAAUGCUGGCGCUUGGUGCUUCCGGUGCCCCAGUUGUCAGGACAUCCUCAUGUUCUUAGCAGAGAUGUUCCUCAUGGGGAUCCAUAUCCCACUCAGAAGACCACUAUGGGAGGAAAGUGAUGCGUAUGAAUCACUUCUAGAGAGGCACAGCCGCUGCAAUGCCUGCGAGUGCCUUUACCGUGGCGGCAGAGAGCAGGCAGAGAGAGAGGGGCCCUGGCAGCUGAUCCUCUGCAGCUCCUGUGCUGCUCAAGGCACUCACCGGCGCUGCUCCACUUUGGCAGACACCGCAGACAGCUGGGAGUGUGACAGCUGUGCUGGCCUGGGCACCGCCUCCAGCGCAAACAUGGAGCACGCCGGCUCCAGCAGUGCCAGCCGGGAGGGACUGAGGCCAUCCCACAGCUCCUCGGUGCUGGGGAACAUCAGCUCCGCAUCCAGCAGCCAGGCAGCCAUCUUUAUCAGUGACAUCGAUGACGGAAUUGAGUGUAGCCUCACCAUGUUUGCUGACGACACCAAGCUGAGUGGCACGGUUGACACAGUGCCAGGAAAGGAUGCCAUUCAGAGUGACCUCAACAGACUUGAAAGGUGUGCCCAGGAAGAGGAAGGCCUCCAGCUCGGAGGAGCCAGCCAGCACGGCAGGCACGGAGCAGGACCCUGGGGACAGCCCUCAGGGACGCCUGGUCCCGCCAGCUGCUCACCGCUGCUCGCAUUUGCUCUCUCCUCUGCAGUGUGUGCGCUGUGUGGCCGGGCAGAUGUCGAUCCGAACGUCUGCGGACACACAUUUUUUGCGAGUGGGAUUCACGUCCAUGAGUUCUGCUUGAUGUUUGCCAACACCAUUUCCGAAGCACGACCAGCAUGGGUGGGACCUGAGGGCCUCCCCGUUGCUGUCGUCAGACGCGCAGUCAGGCAGGCAAACCAGAAGCAAUGCUUUGUCUGUGGCGAGAGGGGGGCUGCCAUCACGUGUGCAGAGAGUGGCUGCGAACGCAGCUUCCAUCUGCCCUGCGCCAUGGAUGGGGAAUGCGUCACCCAUUUCUUUGGGCCACGCAGCUCCUACUGCUGGGAGCACCGCCCUUCACAGGAAAGUCGGGAAGCUCCAGCUGAAGGCACCAACUGCCUCAUCUGCCUUGAGCCCGUGGGGGACAGCUUGUCCUACCACACCAUGGUGUGCCCAGCGUGUGCGCACUGCUGGUUCCACCGGGGCUGCAUCCAGCAACAGGCCUUGAAUGCUGGCGCUUGGUGCUUCCGGUGCCCCAGUUGUCAGGACAUCCUCAUGUUCUUAGCAGAGAUGUUCCUCAUGGGGAUCCAUAUCCCACUCAGAAGACCACUAUGGGAGGAAAGUGAUGCGUAUGAAUCACUUCUAGAGAGGCACAGCCGCUGCAAUGCCUGCGAGUGCCUUUACCGUGGCGGCAGAGAGCAGGCAGAGAGAGAGGGGCCCUGGCAGCUGAUCCUCUGCAGCUCCUGUGCUGCUCAAGGCACUCACCGGCGCUGCUCCACCUUGGCAGACACCGCAGACAGCUGGGAGUGUGACAGCUGUGCUGGCCUGGGCACCGCCUCCAGCGCAAACAUGGAGCACGCCGGCUCCAGCAGUGCCAGCCGGGAGGGACUGAGGCCAUCCCACAGCUCCUUGGUGCCGGAGAACAUCAGCUCCGCAUCCAGCAGCCAGGCAGCGUCGGGCCCGUCGCUCAGUUCCCAGCUGCCUGAGCACAGUGGCCAUCCCAGGGAGCCUGAGACGGAGCUCCGGCCACGUUUACACGAGGAUCACAAUCCCUCUGAGCAGCGCCGAGGGCGUCGAAGGAGCAGACGGACACCAGCCCCCGGUGCUGAGAGCAGCUCCCAGACCUCCACCAGACAGAGGGCAUCGGGGUCCUCCACAGAGUCCCCAGCAGCUGCUCACACAAUGCGUCUCAGGCCGCGGCGGGCAGGCCAGACGCGAAGCCGCUCCCCAUUACGCGCUCGGGCCUCACAUUCACCAAACCGGCCCAGAAGACAACGUGGCAGCAGGCAGAUGCCCUUGAGGGAGUCCUCACUGCCUGAAGACAGGCGACAGUCCACCCGCCAAGGACGGUCCCACACACAAACCUGUUCCACAGUGGGUCGUUAGGCUGCAAAUUCCCACAGCCGGCCCUGAGGAGUCCAUGAGAGCGGGAGCCGCUGCGAACACCGAGACAGUCCCAAGUCCACCUUCAAA